UCACUGCUCGCCUCUUUCUUUUUCCGGUCGCCGAAAUGGGUAUUGAUAUAAACCACAAGUACGAUCGCAAGGUUCGCAGAACCGAACCCAAAUCUCAGGAUGUUUACCUGCGCUUGCUCGUCAAGUUGUACCGUUUCCUGCAACGUCGCACGAACAAGAAGUUCAAUCGCAUCGUCUUGAAGCGUUUGUUUAUGAGCAAAACCAAUCGGCCACCAAUGUCGCUGCAACGCAUCGCUCGCUUCUUCAAGGCGGCCAAUCAGCAAGAGUCGACCGUUGUUGUCGUUGGCACUGUCACCGACGAUGCCCGCCUCCUCGUCGUGCCCAAGCUCUCCCUGUGCGCCCUCCAUGUCACCCAGACGGCUCGCGAGCGCAUCCUAAAGGCUGGCGGCGAAGUUCUUACCUUCGAUCAGUUGGCCCUGCGCUCGCCCACCGGCAAGAGCACCCUGCUGCUCCAGGGCAGACGCACCGCUCGCACUGCCUGCAAGCACUUCGGCAAGGCUCCUGGUGUGCCCCACUCGCACACCCGCCCCUAUGUCCGAUCCAAGGGACGCAAGUUCGAGCGUGCUCGUGGUCGUCGUUCCAGCUGCGGUUACAAGAAGUAAACGACAACAACAUCUUGUGGAAACGGUAGACGUCGCUUUUUGGUUAAGAUAUUGAUUUGUCAAACGAGAGGAUAGUUGAAAGGGAGCAGACCCUUUUGGCAAUAAAGAAUUUUUAUUUCAAGAA